AAUUUAUCUGAAGUAAAAUCCGAGUCUCCAUCUUUCACUUUUUCAAACCAGAAAACCAUAGAAAACAAUAAAAUUGUUGGUCAAUCAUUGCUGCAAAAUGCCCAAGUAACUAAAGCAGAAUCAAGCAAAUUACUAACUCUAAAUCCCAAUUUUGAAAAUACUCGCCCAUUAACAGGAUCUUUCUUGUCAAAUGCAAAUGCAUUAAACAAAUGUGAAAUCCCUUUACCAGGAAGAAUUGUUACAGAGCCAAACAUGAGCACCUCCAUAAAUACAAACCAUAUUCAAGUUAUUAAGGUCACAAAUUCACCAGCACCUUUGCAGUUUCGGAGCAUGACAACUAUGUCUGGAAAGACUUAUAUUGUACUAUCAUCUUCAGGUAAUCAAAGUAAAC